AACAGCAAAAGAAGAACAUGGGUUACCUCCCUCAAAUCCUGCUUGCUCUAUUCAUCUCUGUCAUAGGUGGUCUUUACCUCCUUGGGGCUUUUCGCCGCAGAAGGGCUGGAGAACCCCCUCUGGAUAAAGGCCCUAUUCCCUGGCUUGGCCAUGUACUGGAAUUCAGAAAGGACACUGCAAAAUUCCUGCAGAGAAUGAAGGAAAAGCAUGGAGAUAUUUUCACAGUACAGCUGGGAGGGUUUUAUUUCACUUUCAUUACAGACCCACUCUCUUUUGGUGCUGUGGUCAAAGAGGCAAGAACAAAACUAGACUUUUCCAAGUUUGCAGAGCAACUGGUUAUAAAAGUGUUUGGCUAUCAUUCCAUGGAAAACGACCACAAGACACUCCAAUCUUCAAGCACCAAAUAUCUCAUGGGAGAUGGUCUGGUUGUCAUGACUCAGGCCAUGAUGAACAAUCUUCAGAACUUGAUGCUCCAUAGUGUCGUAUCUGGGAAUGACAAGGCUUGGCAAGAAACUGGACUGUUUGCUUACAGCUACAACAUUGUCUUCCGAGCAGGCUUCCUGGCACUUUUUGGUAAUGAGCCUCCCAAGGGUACAGGGACUUCAGAAGAAGCAAAGGAAAUUGACAGGCAACACUCAGAAGAAAUUUUCUUGGAGUUCAGAAAGUAUGACCAGCUCUUCCCCAAUCUGGCUUAUGGGGUUCUGAGCCCUGGUGAGAAGAUAGAGGCAGAACGUUUGAAGAAGCUUUUCUGGAACAUGCUCUCGGUGAAGAAAUUGAGCUCCAGAGACAAUAUUAGUGGCUGGGUUCAAGAACAGGAACAGGCUAGGGCUGAGAAGGGCAUGCAAGAGUUUAUGCGGGAUCGGCACAUGUUUCUACUUCUCUGGGCAUCUCAAGGAAACACGGGUCCUGCAGCCUUCUGGCUUCUCUUGUAUCUCAUGAAGCACCCUGAUGCAAUGGCAGCUGUCAAGAAGGAAGUUGAGGAGGUUCUCAGAGAAACCGGGCAGGAGGUAAAGCCUGGUGGGCCACUAAUUGACCUGACCAGGGAUAUGCUCCUAAAAACGUCCAUCCUAAACAGUGCAGUGGAUGAGACUCUCCGUCUAACGGCUGCACCUGUCCUUACCAGAGCUGUUCUGCAGGAUAUGACCAUCAACAUGGCCAAUGGACAACAGUACGACAUCCGCAAGGGUGACAGGGUGGCAGUUUUCCCCUACACUGCUGUUCAGGUGGACCCAGAGGUGCACCCAGAUCCCCUCACUUUCAAGUAUGACCGUUUUCUCACACCAGAUGGAAGCAAAAAGACUGAUUUCUACAAGGCUGGAAAGAAACUCAAGUAUUACAACAUGCCGUGGGGUGCUGGAACCACCAUGUGUCCAGGAAGAUUCUUCGCCACAAAUGAGCUGAAGCAGUUUGUCUUUCUCAUGAUUACCUACUUUGACUUUGAGCUGAAAAACCAGCAUGAAGAGAUUCCAGGUAUUGAUAUCAGACGAUGGGGUUUUGGCUCCAUGCACCCAACCAAAGAAAUUCAGUUUAGGUACAGACUAAGAUUUUAGACUUAGAAACCUACAUGUGCCUUUAUUUCAUGUGCAUUUGAAGUGGUUUCUGGAAAAAAGUUAGUGUUACUGUGUCCUCUAAUACUCUGAAGUGUUGUUUUUACAAUAUCUCAGAGACCAUGAGUGUGUGUGUUUACUGUGUAAUGAAAGGACUUUACUCGUGCUAGAACACUUGUCAGACAAUAACACUGUUAAGAACAUGAUAUUUAUACAUACGUAAACUGUGCAGGAUCAUUACGAAUUUUGAGAUAUCUCCUAUUAUGCAGAUUGCCCAUGUGUUAUUUAAGAUUUUUUUGAUCUCACAUACAGUAUAAAAUAAAAGUAUUAAUUAAAUUCCCCGUCUUUCGUCAUUCUUUAUAACUGAGCUGAGUAUGAUAUAAAACUAGAGCACUGUAUAAAAGAAAAAGUUAGAACAUCCUGUCAUACUACAUGCUUUUUUUCUUCUUUUCUUUUCUUUUCUUUUUUUUUCUGCAGAAAGUGGAUCAAACAUAAGUAGUUCUUAAUCUCUCUAAAAGCCGUGUUAUCCAAGUAGCAUGCUGACACUUUUUAGGCCUAUUUUGAUAAGCAUAGCCAAAUAUUUAGAGAAUGAUAUAUAUUUUAAUAACGUAAUUGAUUUGGCUAGAAAACAUAUGCUGCCCAGCAAUAAUAAGCACUAAUUGCACAUUUAUUUGGGAACUUGUCUAAGCAAACUAAAAUGCCCCAGGUUUCAAUCAUGCAAAUUUUAUAAACAAUGUAAUAGGAAAAUAUGUGCUAAAACUUUCCGCUAAGGAACUCUGUAAUAUAUUUCCAUGACAUGGAAGCAGAGUUAGUUUGGAGGUCCUGAAUUACCAUGCAAUAUGUUUGUCUGUAAAUGUAUAAUAUUUGCACAAAUUCUAUUAUGAU